UAUUGACGUGCAGAUUUUAUGAUCCGUUUUGUUUACAUUUAAAGCUACUGACUUGACAUGGAUAGUAUUUUGCACCAAUAAAAGCAAUGUCGUGAAUAAAUAAACUCAAUUCAAACAUGGUGACAAUAAAAAGAUGGAGGUCUAUUUUCAAUGUGACAAACAGGAUGUACUUAUUAGGAGUUUUAUCCGUUCUUGUUCUAUAUCAGCUUUGGGACCAGAAUCGUCAGUUGUCCAAAUUUUCCAACUCUUUCAGAAGGAUAAAAAGGGAUAUGUUCUACUUCUUUAACCCCACCAUUCUCGUGAAUAUUAAUACCAGUUAUCCAGACCGAAAAGUUGAAAGUCAUGUUGACCAACAAAACUACGUCUUUCAGUCCAGUCAUAUUCGCAGGACAAAAACCGGAAGAAGAAUAGCAAGACCUUUUUCGUGUAAUUCUUGUUUUGUUCACAACUUUGACUAUGUUUUAAACAACAGAGACAUUUGUAAUACAAAUAAUGGCGAUGCUUCUAUUUGGGUUGUUAUCCUGAUCUUUAGCACACAUGCAAAUUUUAACAGAAGAAAAGCUUUGAGAGAAACAUGGCUUCUACCAUCUAGGCGUAAUCUAGGCAACUUUCGUUAUGCUUUUCUUUUAGGAAUGUCUCAAAACAACAGUUUACAAUUGGAACUUGAGAAAGAAAGUGCAAUUCAUAAAGAUAUUGUUCAAGAAAAUUUUAUUGACAGUUAUUUUAACCUCACCUAUAAAGCAGUAAUGGCGAUGAAAUGGGUCAGCACGUACUGCAAUGAGGCUCAGUAUAUGAUGAAGACAGACGAUGAUAUGUAUGUAAACACGGAUUCUCUAAAAAUUGCUCUUGAUCAGUAUGAGGACCUUUUAUAUGAAUCCAUUGGAGGAUAUUGCUGGACGAGGGCAACUCCUCUGAGACAAAGAAGUUCUAAAUGGUACGCAUCGUACCGGAUGUAUCCACAGAAGAUCUAUCCGGGUUUCUGUUCCGGAACCGGAUAUGUAACUUCGGUUCACAUGGCUAGGAAAUUGUUUGAGAUUUCCCCUCAUGUUCCCUUCUUCCACCUAGAGGAUGUGUAUAUGGGGCUUUGUGUCUAUGCUCUUGGUCUGACCGUGACUUCGAUCAAGGGGUUCAAUUUAGACCGGGUCCCCCUAGGUUGUGACUAUAAAAGCAAGGCAGUGAUUACUUCACACCAACUAGAACCGCCUCAUCUUAUUUCAAUAUGGCAUUUAAAUUGUUAAAAAUAAGUUGUCAAAA